AUGACAUUUGAAUCAUUGUAUAUAAUAAUUGGAGUUACAGGAAACGUUUUGGUGAUAUUGUACAAUGUUCGUUGGAACACAGAUAAAAAUACGACCAGUUGUUUUAUUACUAAUUUGGCUUUGUCGGAUCUUGUCGUUUGUGGGAUAACUUUCCCCACGCUUAUCACAGAUGCGACACGCAUUUUGAUGGAAAAGACUGACGUAUCUUGUGAAUUAACCAUUUCCAUUUUGUGCGCAAGUAUAUCGCUUUCUAUUGUAAAUCUCAUGAUGCUCACAAUUGAUCGUUACAUUUGUAUUGCAUUACCCCUAAAGUAUCCUCACAUUGUCACGCAAAGAAAGGUGUCUAUAGCUUUGGUUUCAGUGUGGAUCACUGGCUUUUUUAAUUUUCUUAUGAUAUUUUUCACAUCGAAACCUAGCGAUGUGCCAUUCAUAUGUGAUGUCGACCAAAUAGCUGUUUCCGUUGGUACUUUUUCUUUUACUUGUUCCACUUGCUGUAUCCCUCUAAACAUUCUUGUUGGAACUACGCUUCUGGCUGCAUCAAACUCCGUUACAAAUGCUUUCAUUUAUGGAAUACGAGAUAAGAAAUACAGAAGAUCUUUCAAGCAAAUAUUUGCGCGAUGCUACAAUUUAUAUGGGUAG